CAGAUGCCCCGAGCAACCACAAAAAAACACAUUCAACACAACUGACGGCUGAGUACGGCAAACUUUACUGUGCUUGACUGCUAUCGCUAGAAUAGACCUUCGAAUAAUUCUGAUAUUUUAGGAUUUUGUCUUCGUUAUUUUUCUCUGAUUCUUAAACGAGUAUAUUUAGAUUUAGAGACAACUAUUUUGUUUUCCUACUCACAUACAGAUACUGUAAGUCAGUCGAGACAGGAGCGACAUGAUGAGAAAAUAGCCUUAACAGGAAAGUCAAAUGGCAAUAAAUAAGCCAGACCAAAGCUAUAAUAAUAUCUUCAUGCAAGAGGCUGAAGAAAUAUAAUCACCGUAAGUUUUAAACAAGAAAUGACGCCGGACACGGAGGAAGGAUUAGUUAACAUCAGAAGACAGGACCGUAUCAUCUUGAACUGUGGUGGCGUACGCCAUGAAACUUUUCGAAGCACUUUACGGAAUUAUCCUGAUACUAGACUGGCUUGGUCGGUAGAAAACCUGGCAAACAAUCCAGAUUUUGAUCCAGAUAAAAACGAAUUCUUUUUCGACCGUCACCCUGGCGUUUUUGCUCAAAUAAUGAAUUUCUACAGAACAGGGAAAUUGCAUGCCCCUCACGAUGUCUGUGGGCCGCUAUUCGAAAAAGAGUUAUCUUACUGGGGAAUCGACGAGAAACAGAUGGAACCAUGUUGUUGGUCUUUCUACACCCAGCACAGAGAAGCGCAGGAAAGUUUGAAGGCGUUUGAAGGAGUUGAUAUGUCGGAUAGUGAAAGUGACGAAGAUUAUGACUCGAGAGGAAGGAUUCAUGAUAUUGAUCAACUUUCCAAGUGGCAAAAGUACAAACCAAAAAUUUGGUCCAUGUUUGAAAAUCAUCGUGCUUCUAGGAUGGCCAUGGUCCUGUUUGGCCUGUCACUUAGCUUUAUCAUCAUUUCUGUGAUAGUCUACGUAUUGCAAACACUCCCUGAGAUCAAAAACGACAGAAAUGCAAAGCUAUCUCUAACCAUUCUGGAAGCUAUCUGUGGAAUUUGGUUCACAUUGGAAUUUUUGAUUCGCCUAGCAGCUUGCCCAAGUAAACGACAUUUCCUUACAGACCCUAUGAAUUGGGUGGACUUUGUUGCAAUCCUUCCAGUAUUUGUGAGGAUCAUCGAUAAUUAUGAUACAUACCCAUACGACGACCCUUCUCUCCAGUACGACAUUCUUGCUGCCUGCAGGCUAUUUAGAUUGUUUCGUUUUUUCAGGCUGAAUCUUGGUUUUCAAAUUUUCAAACAAACAAUGAUAGCAAGCAGUCGUGAGCUACUGCUGCUAACACUUCUGGUACUCAUUCCAGUCGUCAUAUUUGCCAGUGUUGCUUACAUAUGUGAAAGGGAUAAACAACCCGACAAAUUUAACUCGAUUCCAAAAGGAUUCUGGUGGGCUAUCAUUUCCAUAACUACUGUAGGAUAUGGCGAUUUGGCACCAAUUACCCUUGGCGGGAGAAUCUUUGGAAGCUUGUGUGCUGCAACAUCCAUUAUCAUUACAGCGUUGCCCAUCUCUAUCAUCGGCAACAACUUUUCACUUUAUUAUUCACAUGCGCAAGCUAAGAUGAAGCUGCCGAAAAAGGAAAAGCGAGCGAUGAUUGGUAUGAAUAACUUUCUAAUGGCCCAAUCGGCUCGCAGGAGUGAUGAUGUCAGCAUCGAUAAUGAGGCAGAGGUACCAGAUACAGAGACUAAGCUUCAUUCGGAAAUGAACGGUUUAAACAGCGAUGAAUCGAAAAUUAUUAGCAACAAUAGAAGGGCCCGAAGAGCGCGUUCAUCAUUGUACGCAGGAGGUAUAGUGCCUAGAAUGUCCUUGCCAGUGCGAACAAGAAGUAGCGAAGAUUUGACAGAAGAUAAAGAAUCACCUCCUGAGGACAGGAAGAAAAGCUUUACCAGCACGCAAACCACCACAAUAGACACUCCACCUAAAAGCCCUUCACACUAUGGUAAUACCUUAACUGUUUCCCAUUCAGAUAUUUCAGAAAAUAUUUUAGAUAUGUCAUGCCCUGCUUAUGAAGAAAAUAGAAUUAUACAUAACGAGUGUGAGGAGUUUGGGUUGGACGAUAUAGACAGAGCAAUGGCUGCUGUGGAAGAAAGAGAAAAGAAAGAUAAAUCAAAUGGCCUUGCUCGCCCUGGCACUCCCGUAAAACGCUCCAUUAAACAUUCGGUUCGAUUCGUGAAACCAACGUUAACGGUAACUAUGGAUACAGAACUUGGAAACGUCAACGAAUCAUUCGUCGAAGAACUAGUAGAGGAGGAACUUCAAAAUGAAAAAGAUAGAAGCACGGAAAAUUUGUCAAAAGCUCAGAAUCAAAGCCCUUGGUCUCCUGAAAUUGUGUCUAAAAAAAACGAGAAGAAAGAAUCAACGCAGCAUAGUCGUCAUCACAGAGGUAGAAGAUAACAACAGUAUAACAAGCAGUUUUCGUUAGGCAGGGUUAUCUGUUCAAACAAGCUUUUUAAAGGUCAAAAAUGAAAACACACAAAUAUUUAGAAAUAUUGACAUAACACCCUUGAGGAAGCUGCCGUGAACACUGCUUGUUGGUAUCGAACUUUUUUCUGGAGAAAUCACUAUACACAGCCACCUAACGAGAAUGUUGGCGCUUCUGCUAUCUGUAUUUCGUAUUCUGGAAUAUUUGAAAAGGUUUUCUUUUUAGCCUAACUGAUCUGUGUUUAGUUUCUAUUCAUGCUUAGCAUAUAUCCUAUUCAAAGCCCUUUUGGCUCAAGGAAAUUUAAACUCAUCUCAGUUAUGAUCACGCAGUUUUCACUUGUUCGUACAAUUUUGUACCUAAAUUUCCUAAUUUUCCUAAUCGUUUACCAGGUUUUUCCUCGCCGUUUCAGCAUAAGCUGCAUUUCGAGCAAGAAAACAAAGAGAAUUUCGUAUUUAGAGACAUCUUAAAUUUUGCUUUUGCUUUUUGUUCGAUCGAAUUUGAAGAAUUUUGAGAAUAUAGUCACAAAGCAGCCAUGCAGUUUAACAUAAAAAUUUGCAGCACUGAAAAAUAGAUAAUAAUAAAUCCAAAAGCUUUUAAACAAAAAAGCCCCACGUAAGUUAGUACUGGUGCACUGUAAUUUUGAAUCCAAAUAUUUCAUGCUUGUCUUUUGCUAGAAGUUUGGACAAUGGCGUCACCGGCAAUUAUGUCAGAGUGGAAAGGCUUAUACAUCCAUCAAAAGUUCUGCGCUACACUGCUCUAAGCGCACUCUCAAUAGGUCAAAAAGUGGGAUCAUGGAUUGUAAAAGUUGCUAUAUUUUAGUAUAUUUUACUAUUUGGAAUUAGCUUAACGCUACUUGCUCUUGAAUAUUUAAUUAAAAUUGUGCUUGAUAAGGAACUAUACGAUUAAAAUACAGCAAUUCAGUUUUACAACUCAUGGUCCCCCUUUUUGAUCCCUUGAGCUAGCAUGCGCUUAGCGCAGUAUCGCGAAAGUCUUGAUGCAGAUAUAUGAGUUGUGUCCCGGCAAAAGGAAAAUGAGUAGUCAAACAAGGAUUUAAGGAAACAAAGCGUGUUCAAUUAAAAAACUUUUUGACUGAAUUUAAACAAAAGUUUUAACGUUUAAAAACGUUUUGAGUGAGAGUAAACCAUUCAACUUUUGUGAGUAAAAUACGAGGCCACAAGCUUACCUUACACAGUAUAGUGGCUUGGAUACUCUUGGAUACUAUGCUCACUAGUAAAAGUCCUCCAUCUCUGUAUUUGGGAUGUUUUGAAUUACAUGGGCAUUACUUUGAGUUUUGCUUGCAUCAUGUAUCGUUCGAUCACUACCAUGAACGACUUUACUGAAAAAUUUCGCCGAACUUGAUGUGAGUAUUAUUGUCAUCUUGAAAUGUAACCGUUCGCGUCAAGCCAACGCUGCAAGGAAAUAUUACAAAACAGCAUUGAAAACUACAGCUACUGCUCGUGCUUUUAA